UUCAUUUGCUGGGAGUGGCACCACCGAGGCAGUAGGAGGAGAGUCAGUGAGCCACUGGCACCCACUGUGGCAGGAGCUAUAUACUGUUCUGUCGCUGACCGUGUUCCCCACCACUGUCUUCCCCACUGUGACGUCACCAUUGGCUAAUUGUUGUGAUUUAAUGUGACAGUAAAGAGAAAAGUUUGGGAAUAUGGCAGUCGUUGAAAUGUAUAUAUAUCGUGGUUACUGAGGACGAGGCAGUGAGAGGACAGUUUAUUAUUAUUGGGGGAAGAAGUGAGAGUACGAACUUUUAAUUAAUUCGGUAGAGGCAGUGUGGAGAACAGAUCAUCUGUAAUUAAUUCGUUCAGAGACAAUCCGAUCAAACAAGUUUCUCCUCUAGUGAUUCUGACAUUAUUUAGCACUACAGCACACCUGUGCUGGUGCCAACGACAGCACUACCUGGCGUGUAUGAUACACAGCGAGAGUAACGUAGAGUGAGAGCGAGCAAGAGUGAGCUGGUGCAAUGCUCGCCCAUCACCAACUGUUGUUGCUGCUGCUGCUGUUCGUCCUACACUACAGCUCGGCUUUCAGGGUUCGACACCAGCAAGAGCUGUUUCAUCGACCUCCUCCCAUCCGAAUCUCUGACGUCCUUCAAGACUCGCCCAGGUUCAGGGUGUCGUUCUCCAACCCUGCAGCAGCCAUCCAAGUUACAAAUUCAUCAUCGUUAUCAGUUUACCAUCAACCUCCGGCGGAAGAUUCUUAUGUGCUGUCCAAGUCCCGAGGGUUAGGGGACGAGCAGCCGCUCUACCAGCAGUUGCCGAAGCCGUACCAACAGUCUCAGCAGCCGUACCAACAGCUGCAUGAUCCGUAUCAGUCAUACCAGAAGCAGCAGCCACAGAGAACAUGGACAGCUAGACCUCGGCUGGACUUCGACGAUGUCACCACCAGGGACCCAGCCAUCCCUGAUAAUCCUGAAGGUCUUAAGAAUCCUUCCCUCCUAGUAGGUCCUUGGGAAGAAGAGCCCACUAUCAGGGUCACCAACGCAGUGUUUAGAGGUGUGAACGGCAGUGUAGUGAACGUCCAGGCAGGUACAACUGCCAACCUUCCUUGUGUCAUCAUCAACAGGGCAGACCAUGAAACAGUGUCAUGGAUCAGACUUCGGGACCACCACAUCAUUACGGUGGGUCGCCAGACCUACAGCAAGGACGACCGCUUCUCCCUUACCUACAACAGACACCUUAACGAGUGGAGACUCCACCUGCGGUACGCCCAGGCCAGGGACGCCGGCCAGUAUGUUUGUCAACUGUCCACUCAUCCUCCCAUGGUGUUUAUAUCUACACUCUCUAUCACAGAAGCCUCAGCAGAGAUCCCAGGUGGAGCAGAGAGGUAUGUUGAGGAGGGCAGCUCAGUGGUACUCAACUGUACCCUCCGUCACCACACACAGCCACCUCUCUACGUCUUCUGGUACCACAAUCGCACCAUGAUCAACUUUGACACCAACAGACAGGUGUCCGUGCAUAAGACGAAGGACGGAAGUGUGUUGACGCUAGAGGGUGUAGUACGCAGCCACUCUGGUAACUACACCUGUGUACCUGCCAACGCCAUCCCAGCCUCCAUCACGCUACACAUUAUAGAUGGUGAGGCUCCAGCGGCCAUGCAAGUAUCAGGAGGGAGUGAGAGGCGAGCCAAGUGGCUGUUGAUGCUGCUGUUGACCCUUGUAUCUCCUUUCUGUCACCACCUCUCGUGAUAGACGUGUAGGUGGAAGAGGCAACAAGAGAGUUAGUGUCUCGUUUAGUCCAUCUACGUGUAUGUACAGUAGCAUUAAGACACGUUCCGUAUAUAUAAUUUGCAUACAGAUACUAACGGAACAGCAUAAAAAUUCAGUCGUUAUAAAUAAUGCUCAUCACAGAUCAAAAUAUCUCAUGUAAAAUAUAAAGAUUAUUUUCAAUUCUUCCCUCAAAAUGCAAUAUGACUUACAGUUAUGAUCAUUUUUGUAUUUCU